AUGUUCGCGGGGCUGCAGGACUUGGGCGUCGCCAACGGCGAGGACCUGAAGGAGACGCUGACCAACUGCACGGAGCCGCUGAAGGCCAUCGAGCAGUUCCAGACUGAGAACGGCGUGCUGCUGCCCUCGCUGCAGUCGGCCCUGCCCUUCCUGGACCUGCAUGGGACGCCGCGGCUGGAGUUCCACCAGUCGGUGUUUGACGAGCUGCGGGACAAGCUGCUGGAGCGAGUGUCGGCCAUUGCGUCGGAGGGGAAGGCUGAGGAGAGGUACAAGAAGCUGGAAGACCUUCUGGAGAAGAGCUUUUCUCUGGUCAAGAUGCCGUCCCUGCAGCCAGUGGUGAUGUGCGUCAUGAAGCAUCUGCCCAAGGUUCCUGAGAAGAAGCUGAAGCUGGUGAUGGCUGACAAGGAGCUGUACCGAGCCUGUGCCGUGGAGGUGAAGCGGCAGAUCUGGCAGGACAACCAGGCGCUCUUCGGGGACGAGGUCUCCCCUCUGUUGAAGCAGUACAUCCUGGAGAAGGAAAGUGCGCUCUUCAGCACGGAGCUCUCUGUCCUGCACAACUUCUUCAGUCCUUCUCCCAAGACCAGGCGCCAGGGCGAGGUGGUGCAGAAGCUGACGCAGAUGGUGGGCAAGAACGUGAAGCUAUACGACAUGGUACUGCAGUUCCUGCGCACGCUCUUCCUCCGCACGCGGAACGUGCACUACUGCACCCUGCGGGCCGAGCUGCUCAUGUCCCUGCACGACCUGGAUGUCGGUGACAUCUGCACCGUGGACCCCUGCCACAAGUUCACCUGGUGCCUGGACGCCUGUAUCCGAGAGCGGUUCGUGGACAGCAAGAGAGCCCGGGAGCUGCAGGGGUUCCUUGAUGGAGUGAAGAAGGGACAGGAGCAGGUCCUGGGCGACUUGUCCAUGAUCCUGUGUGACCCCUUCGCCAUCAACACGCUGUCACUGAGCACUGUCAGGCAUCUGCAGGAGCUGGUUGGCCAGGAAACACUGCCCAGGGACAGUCCCGACCUCCUGCUGUUGCUCCGGCUGCUGGCGCUGGGCCAGGGGGCCUGGGACAUGAUCGACAGCCAGGUCUUCAAGGAGCCCAAGAUGGAGGUAGAGCUCAUCACGAGGUUCCUGCCGAUGCUCAUGUCUUUCGUGGUGGAUGACUACACUUUCAAUGUGGACCAGAAGCUUCCAGCCGAGGAGAAAGCCCCAGUCACGUACCCAAACACGCUUCCUGAAAGUUUCACCAAGUUUCUGCAGGAGCAUCGCAUGGCCUGUGAGGUGGGGCUGUCCUAUGUCCUGCACGUCACCAAGCAGAGGAACAAGAAUGCGCUGCUCCGCCUGCUGCCAGGGCUUGUGGAGACCUUUGGCGACCUUGCGUUCAGCGACAUCUUCCUUCACUUGCUCACGGGGAACCUCGUGCUACUGGCCGACGAGUUUGCCCUGGACGACUUCUGCCGCAGCCUCUUUGAUGGCUUCCUCCUCACUGCCUCACCACGGAAGGAGAAUGUGCACCGGCAUGUGCUGCGGCUUCUCAUCCACCUGCAUCCCAGGGUAGCCCCGGCCAAGCUGGAAGCCUUGCAGAAGGCCCUGGAGCCCACGGCCCAGAGUGGAGAGGCGGUGAAGGAACUAUACUCCCAGCUUGGCGAGAAGCUGGAGCAGUUGGACCAGCGCAAGCCCAGCCCGGCCCCAGCCGCAGAGACGCCAGCCCUGGAGCUGCCACUCCCCAGUGUGCCUGCCCCGGCUGGGCUCUGAGGCUUCGCCUGGGGCUGCUCAGGAGUGGGGGGGCCCUUCUGGAAUGAGGCUCUGGUGAGCCAGGAGAAGAGACCCCCUCGGACAUGGGAGUAUCAGGGCAGUCACUGCUUUCAGGGUAGUGGUCAGAUGGGCCACUGUCCCAUUCCGUGAGCGGGGCACCCCCUCCACACCUCAGCCCCACCUGGUUCUGGGAGGUUGUCUGCCACCCAUAUGAUGGGACCUGUGUGCCUGGCCGUGGGGCCUCUGGCCCACUCUGUGGAAGACAGCCCUGAAAAGCUUGCUUGUUUCUGCUGUGCAUUUCAGCUUUUCAUGGCUGUCUCAGAAACAGACUGGCAGUAAUUGGGAUUAGGAAAAAGCCACCUGUUUUCCAGGGGCAAAGGGCAGGGGGCCUAAGCUGACUGUGUCUGGGGUGGAGGCUCCUAGGGGAGGUCUGAGGGGAAGGGGCAGGGCAGCCAUGCUGGCACAACUUGGCGAGAGCAUGAGGUUUGCUGGGUUGUGGUGUCUACAGACAGCAGCCACCGCCUGGAGGCAGCAGCUUGAGCCUGGCAUGUGGCAGGGUGGGUGGUCCCCACUGCCCGAGGGCCCGCAGGCAACCUCCGCAGCAUAGCGCCACGGAGCAGGGUGUGGCAGGUGGGGCCAAGGAAAGCCUAGGCACCCCCACCCGCUGCCUCAGUUUACCCUUGGAGUUGAGUGCUUCUCCUCGCUGAGCUGCAGUCUCCACCUGCCAGGCAGGGCAGGGAUGGCGCCCAUGGGGAGGUUUUCAACUAAAGUGAAUAAAGGCAUUUUAGUAGACACUG